AUGCUGCACGCUUCGAUCAACAUCCCGCCAGGCCACACCGGGCCUCUAAACAUACAGCUUCAGCCUCCUCCUUCCGGCAGCUGGGACCAGCUAGAACGCCCCCCAGCGUUCCCACUACCACAGACAAGUCGGUGCAUGUUCCUCGAGCUUCCCCGCGAGCUUCGAGACCAGAUUUACGGCCAUCUUUACCUCGUCCCGCAGAAUCCCGCUCGCAAAUGCCGUUCCUACUUCAACUUUUCAAACCCUCACAACUUCGCACUCGGCACAAGCCUCCUACGCACCUGCAGCCGGAUCCACACCGAAGCAAGCAGUGUCCUGUACGGAAGCAACCACUUCCUCUUUGCCCGACAGAGACGAGAGACGGGCUCGUACUGGUCCGCCAAGUGGCGAGAGGUAGGCUUCAACGCAGUGCGCCGCUUCCUGGUCGCCAUCGGACCGAAGAACAUCCGGCGCAUCAAACACGCAACACUGCUGCUCGAGGACGCAACGCCCUACCUGAACCCUCGCCUGAAGACGCCUAAGGCGAGGCGUUUCGUCCACGACCAAUGCCUGAUGAAGGUGCUGCGCCUGCUCGCAGCUAAGGGAAGGCUAAAGAAGCUGGGCUUGCUUUUUCGCGGUCGACGGCGCGUAGACAAGAACGAUACAAAGUUCCUCGAGGCGUUGUGCACCGUCCAAGCAGACGAUGUCGAGUUUGUUAGAGAUCUCACUCAGUCCUGGCUGGGGUACCUGCCACCGUCGAAACAGCACGCGGCCGUGGACAAGAUGUGUCUGCAGAGCAUGAAGAGGAAAGAAGCCCUACCUGACGCUGUCGAAGACGACGACGACAAUGAUGAUGAUGAUAUGAGUAGGACAAUUCAAGCCUGUAGGGUAUGA